AUCCGUGACCUUCACAUUUCUCGUGUGCACUGUGCAGGCAGCCCGCAUCUGACUUCAUAUCAUUCAAUGGUCCGCUCCUCGCAUAUCAAGAAAGCCAUAUCCAUGCUCGGUGGUACUCUUGCAACUUCUCAUGAGCAACUAUUGUUGUUCUUGAAUCUGAUUGGUAUCGCUACCCUCGCCACUCUUGUGACCGACUUGGUUCAGGAAGGCCCCGGUUCCGGUGGUUCUCGCGAGGGAACUCUUCUCAUGCUAGCUGGAAAGCAACAUCUGAACAGGGUACACGAGCCUGGAGAACAUGAGAUCAGCGAAUCCAAGAGUUGUUUUUUGGUCGGUUCAGAGCCAAAUGUGGCAGCUGGAGAAGAGAACUUGAAUAUGAAUUUUUCUGAGAAGCAAGAUCAAAAAUGGGUAACUGAAGGUAUUAAAAGUGAGAUAGAUGAGCCGAAUCCGGCACAUCUUAAAUUCAUAAUUUCAAAACAGAAAGUCAAAAGUACAAGAAAGGGGAAGAAGAAGAAGCAGGCAAAGAUUGAAUCCAGUGCUGCUUGUGAUCAAAAGUCAGGGCAAUUGCCUGAUAGGCACCUUCCAGAGGCCCCUGAUAAGGUCUUGGACAGGGUAAAAAAAGGAAUUGCUGAAGUGCAACAAGCUUUCACAGAGCAUUCAAAAGAGCACAAGACUGAAGUUGCUGCAGAGGUCUCCAAAGUGUUCAUUUUGACUGAGAAAGACCUUGAGUCGCGUAUGAGGAAUUUCUAUGCUUCAAGAAUCAAGGCUGCUUUCGAUCCGAGAGAAACAGACCAGGACGAGUUGGAUGAUACGAUGUACAGGAAUCUACAGGUACUUUGGAAUUCCAAUCCAGAAGCAUUUUUUCAAAUCGAACCAAUUCUUGCAUCCAGACUAAGCAAAUAUGAAUUGCACAGGAGGCUUUCAACCUUAACCAACCAAAUCAUACAAAAGACAGCAAUUGAGAACUGGAAGCUGAUCAGCAAGGCAUUAGGCGAUAAAGGUAGUAAACGUCGAGUUAAUCAGUUCUUAAAAUCUCUUCAGCAAAAUUUUGAGCUCGACCACGAAUUCCCAGAUACACUUAAUUGCUUUGAGCUGUGGUCCAAAAUCCCAACAAUUUUCACAAAUAUACUAGGCAAGACUAAAUACGAUUCUUCGAGCUUGAUUAUGACAAUUUUAGGCCCUUUUGAAUUCAGGAGGCGAUUCAACUUUGAAAUUUUGGACCAUGAAUCCUCUGACUUGAAGUUAAACUUCAAGCCACAGACUGAGUUACCAUUGAAUGUUAUGGAAGACCUUCACUUUUCAGAAAAAUAUAAGGGAGUAAAUGUUUGGAAUGUGUGCUGCAUUGUCCGUUAUCUUGGUCUGGGAAAUUCAAAGCGUUUUGAAGACUCUUCAGACCAUGACCUCUCGGCUGAUUUUGAAAGCGUUUUGAAAUUGUUGAAUUGCAAAACGUACUGGGAAGAUCAAGUGUUAUUCUAUGACCUAGCAAUGCCUCCACAUGUCUUGAACUCACUUGAAGAGCUGCGAGCAGUCAACACCAAGUUCAAAGGGAUUUCAACCCUGACAGAUUGGGAAUCAGUUUUUGAGUCUUCCCCUUGGAAAUUCAAUUCUUUACAGCAGGAGUUUAUUCAAACUUGGUUUGAUCAGAACUAA